GACUACCUUCACUUCCUUGUCAUACACCUUUCACCUAUUGACCUUGAGCUGCUCUUUCAUUUAUCCCCCGUAUUAAUUACUCUGGUGUUCCCGUUCCCACCGCUGGCCUCGCUGGCAGCUCUCACGUGCCUACACCGCAACCACGACCACCUGGCUCUUCCUACACCAGUACUUCUGCAGCAGUCACGGAAACUACGCUGGUUAGCUGUCGCGGCCUUGUCGAGCCCUUCUAGUGUGGCGUGCUUUGACUAAUGAUCGUACACGUCAUGCACAUACAGCUCAAGUCUGUGUUGUGAGGAGAACCUCAGUUCAGUGAAAGAUAUUUGUGCGUCUUGCCGGUUUUACUAGAGCUCAUCAGGGUCCCCCCCCCCUCUUAAGAUUGUCGUGCGGUGCUGAGAUGGGGAACUCUGAAAGUAAAGAUUCAAAGAAGAGAGCAAAUGGCAAAGAGCAUAAACCCGGUGGCACCGUGGAAGAGACGCCCACGCCAGGUUUACUGCCCACGGGGCUACCCACGCUUCAGGCAGAUCUAAAGACUUACACCUCGUCACAGUCGUGCCCUCUGUGGAAAAAAAAGGGCAAGAGUAAGACGCAGGCGUCACAGACUACCUCAGGGACCACGCCCAGUAAUACACCCAUACCAAAGAAGUUUGUGACCACGCCCACUUCCUCGCCUAGUUUGAAGAAAACGUUUAUGUAUAUUCCUGUAAAUACACCAGAGAAUAAAGUACAAUCUACUAAGGACGCACCCGAAAUAAAAAGUCGUGUUCACUCAGCGACGGUCUCCGCCGUCAAUCCUACCGCCAGGAGCGUCACAGUAGAAUGGUUUGAAAAGGGAGAAACUAAAGGAAAAGAGAUCGAAUUUGAUGCGGUGUUCGUCCUCAAUCCCGACUUAGCUCCACAGGACCAGAACGCCAUGCCACCACCCACAAAAUUUGACGACGAGGACGAGGAAUCCAGCUUGUCAGAGGCAGACCUCAGUGAUUACGUGUCAGGACUCAACGUUGGCAGAGCGCUGAGAGGGUCUGGACGCUUCCUGAGAUCUUCCCACACCCACACCAACGUUCCGGCCGCCUACCACCCACAACGCCCACCCUCAGCCCAUACGUCACAUCUACCGAGGCCUCCAGGGCACCAGGUGGCUCGCUCACAGUCUGCCUCCAGGCUCACCAUGGAUGAUGAUGAUGUGGAUGAUGAUGAUGCUUAUUCACGGCAGUCGCAGAUAACUCAGCCAGCAGCAGCACCUGUCACAAGAAGCAAAGAUUCAAACAGGCCUCGCCCAAGCUACCUUGUGAAACCACCACAGAAUGGAGAAGUUCGGUCAAAUUUGCAAAAUAAGAUCGGCCAGUCACCUGCCAGAUCUACAGAAAACAUUUCCACAUCCACUGUUAGCAAAGCUUCAUCAGUACCAGCUUCUCGGCGGCGAAGUAAUGUGGUUAAGGAAGUUGACCGUAUUCAGAAGAAGCGAGAGGAGCGUAGAAAACAACAAGCGGAGAAAAAGGAAGAGAAGGAAGCCCUUAUGAAUCUUGAUCCAGGAAAUCCUCAAUGGGAAUUUCUCAAUAUGAUUAGAGAGUUCAGAUCGCAGCUGGAGUUUCGGACGUUGAAAGACGGUGACCCUCUAGAAGAACAUCAAAUUACAGUUGCUGUCAGAAAAAGACCACUUAAUAAAAAAGAGCAAAGUAAAAGAGAAAUAGAUGUAAUCACCAUUCCGAAGAGAAACACGCUAUAUGUUCAUGAACCACGAACGAAAGUAGAUCUAACGAAAUACCUGGAAAAUCAAAAUUUCAGAUUUGACUACGCUUUUGAUGAAACCUGCCAUAAUGACCUAGUUUACAAGUACACUGCAAGACCGUUAGUUCAGACAAUUUUUGAAGGUGGCAUGGCAACUUGUUUUGCAUAUGGACAGACAGGAUCUGGCAAAACUCACACAAUGGGUGGAGAUUUUCAGGGCAAGAAUCAAGAUUGCGCAAAAGGAAUAUAUGCCAUGGUGGCAAAGGAUGUAUUUAUCUUCACGAAGAAUCCAAAGUAUAGACAACUAAAUUUACAAGUUUCAGCUAGUUUUUUUGAGAUCUAUGGUGGUAAGGUUUUUGAUCUUCUAAAUAGCAAGACUAAACUUCGUGUACUUGAAGAUGGCAAGAAUGUGGUACAGGUGGUUGGUCUGCAAGAACGGGUGUGUGAGAAUGUGGAUGAUGUUCUCCGACUCAUUAGUUUAGGUUCUCAAGUGCGUACUUCUGGUCAAACUGCUGCCAAUAAUCAAUCUUCACGUUCUCAUGCAGUCUUCCAGAUAAUUUUAAGAAAUUUGGAUAAAAUAGAGAAGCAAGGAGAUAAAGCUUACAAACUUCAUGGCAAGUUCUCACUCAUUGACUUGGCUGGUAAUGAGAGGGGAGCUGACACUUCCAGUGCUAACAGACAGACGAGAAUGGAAGGCGCAGAAAUCAAUAAAUCUCUCUUAGCUCUAAAAGAGUGUAUCCGUGCUCUUGGUCGUAAAGGAGCACACUUGCCUUUCCGUGCCUCCAAAUUAACUCAAGUCCUACGUGAUUCCUUCAUAGGAGACAAGAGCAGGACAUGUAUGAUUGCAAUGAUAUCUCCAGGAAUGGGUUGCUGUGAGCAUACAUUAAAUACGUUAAGGUAUGCCGACCGUGUAAAAGAAUUAGGAAUUGGUGAUAAUGUCGAAGGUGGCUACAAAUCUUCAGCAACAGAAAAGGAACCAGACGAAAAUGGCAUCAGUGAUACAGAUUACACAACUUUAACUAAUUUAAAUGAUAAUGAGAUGAGUGCAGACCAGCAAGCAUUCCAGGUUGCUAUGGGUGCUGUGCAAGAAGCAGAAGAGGAAGUUGUGGAUCUACAUGGUCAGUACUUUGCUCACCGGGAUAAAAUGGACAAGAUGCUUAUUCCUCUCUACCAGAUGACAAAUGAAGUAGAUUAUGAUGUAGAUGCUUAUGCUCAGCAGUUGGAAGAUGUUGUGUUAGAAAAUAUGGAAUGGUGGACUCAGCUUCGUGAUCGUGUGACUAAAUUAAGACACCAACUUGAGGAAGAAGAACAGCUUUCACGUCGUCAGCAAAUGUAAAUCCUCGUUGGUCAAUAAUCCAUCCACUGGUGCGCACAGACUGUGCUUAAACGUAUUUUCUAUGCAUAGUUUGAAAACUACAUUAUUUGACAUUAAUCUGCUCGGUGUAAUGCACUUAUAAUUUAGUGUGAGCAGCACACAACUGAAGUAAAAUGAAAUAAUAUAUAUAUUCAAAUGUAAAUUGCCAUUCCCAUUUAUACCUAAAUGCAAGCUUUGAAACCAUUCAUACAAGCCCCCUUUAGAAAUGGGAAAUACAAACCCCAAGAUCUGUGAUUAAUGCCUUCCUGUUGUAGUAACUGAAAGUGUUUGGCAUACCUAGCUUUUAUCUUGAAAUUGGAGAUUGGUAUUCUUGUUUCGCCAUUUAAUAUCGUUUGCUCUAUUAUUGCCGGUUUUUCUUGGAGGUUUACACUUCAUCCCUUGUCAGUUACUGAUGGAGCACUCUUAAUGAAACUGCAUUAUUUAAAAAUUACUAUGGUAGUUUUCAAUUCAGAUAACUAGUAAUUGGCUUCAUUCAUAACCUCUCUUCUGAUCUUUAAAACAAAAUUGAUAAAGGUAUGUCAGUUUGAACAAGCAUCUUGUGUAAGAUUUUAGUUAACAUUUACUUUGACACAAUAGUUUGUGUUGUAUGCUAAGGUGAGCAGUAAUUUUAGUUUUCAUAAACAUGGUUACUAUUGCAACAUUGGGGUGUGGUUUAUAGUGUAAAUUUGUGUUAAAUUUCUUGUAACUAAAGGGGAGCUAUACCAUGGCUUUAUAAUAAUACUGUAUUAACAUUUAUCUUAUACUGCAGCUUGCUGGAAUAAUCUGCAGCUGUUAGUAGUAAUUUCAUUACCAUAUAGAAGCAAUCAUGGUUUGGCAGCCCAUAUUUUAUUUGUAUAGUCAAGCUAGUUUACUUUUAUUGGCAUUUAUACUUGAUAAUAUAUAAAAGGAAAAUGGAGAAAACAGUAUGGUAUUUUCUGGAAAAGUUUCUAAUUUUCAAUUGCUGUAAUAGUCUCUUAAGUACAUUUGGUGCUUAUGUAACUUUGCAUCUGGCUAGAUACACUUUUAAAGUUAUGCCUUGCAAGGUGUUAAUUGCUAGGUUUCAAAUGAUUGUGAUUAAAAUAUCAAAAGGGAUGAAGACUUAGUUGGUGUUUGUGGAGACAAAGUAAUUUUGAGAAUUGAGAGAAUAUUGGUCGAAUGAAUUGUGGAAUGAAAAGUGUAGUGCGCGUGUGUGCGUGUUUGUUUUAUCAAAAAGGUUUCAUUGAAACACUAUUUUUAAUGCUUUAGGGUAUACACCACUUUGUAAACUAGUCGAUAGCUGAAAGAGGUUUGUGGUGGUGAUGAAAUGUAUAAGUUUAGUGUUUUAAUUGGUCACGUGUACCUCAUGAUUUUAUAUUUAAAUUUUCAAUAUGUUAGAAAUGUCACAGAAGAGAAAACCUAAUGUAGUUGAUAAGAAUGGAUAAAUUUUCAUCUAUGUUCUUUAAAGGUACUGCAAGCACUCAUUAAAGGCUCACCUUGGUUCAUUGACUUAAGCUUUAAGAUGCUGCAUUAAAUAUUACUGCUCAGUGUUACAAUAACCCGAUGCUUGUUCACAAACUUUGCAUAAAAUGUGGUACUAAGCUGGUUUACUAUGUUAAGUAGGCUUACAUUGUGAUAUUUAUUGUAUAAUAAUGCCCUAAAAAAUAAGGAGAUUGAUAUCUUGGAGAAUUGUGCUCUUCUAUUUUGUAUUUAUUAUGAAAAAAUAUAUAUGCUAAUCUUGGCCAAAAAAAAAUGAUGAGCAACUUUUCCUCUAUAGAACAUAAAUUAGUUCACUCAAAAAUCUCAGCUCUCUUGGUAUUAUUUUUUUAUAUUGAUCCAAGGAUGAAAACUGCUUGAACUUAACAUAUUUUAUUUACAGUAUUAGCUGUCAGCGUUACUGACCCAAUACUUUUAUUAAGGCAAAUAUUUUUCCUUUUUAAAUUGAGCAUUUAAAAUAUGAAAAGGUGAAGCCAUUGGUAUAUGAUUGUUCUUAGUCUCGUAACAUCAAAAAGAUACUACAUGCCAGGUAAUUUGUCAUCAUUAAUGUAUAAUUAAAGUUGGAAGAGAUUUUUAGCAGCGAGUGUAUGAAUGGCAUAUUGCAAAAUUUACAUUCCACAUUCUUUUGAAAAUGACAGUAUAUUGAUUUAAAUUUGUUUGGUUAAAUCAUUCUGAAUUAUGAAUCUGUCCUUUUGUAAUAGUGAUAUUUCUUCCAACUAUGAAAUACCUGGCAUUUGUCACUGAAUAUUCUUAAUUGUGAAAUUGAUAAAAAUGUAAAGUGGUAGUUCAUUUAGAGGAUAAAUUGGUCACAAUUUUUAUAUGCUCUGUAUCAGAGCUUUUUUUUUUUUCUUUUGCCCAGUUAAUCAGUGUAGAAAGGCAGCCAGCCACUGUCCAUGAACACCUUGUAUUACUGUUACUAGUUGUGUUCACUAGCAGCUUCACUCGAGUGUUUUGGUUCAGUGUUCAUCUGCCUCGUGCAUGACAGUGUUUUCAGGAAAUAGUUCUGGAAAUCCUCAUACCCACAUCCACAAAUUGUAUAUAAGUAGGCUGUAUAAAAGUGGAUUCAUUUUAUUUUACUUGUGUAUUUUCAUUUAACACUACAGGAAAUUCCUCUUCAGCAACUUGUAUCAAACAUGUCAUGUCUAUAGACUUCUGUUGUCUUUCUUCCCAGAUGCUUUACAGCUGUGCUUCUUUCAUUUGUUAAUGUUGCAAUACAAACCUGCACUUCUGUAAUAAAAAUGUGGUUUAACAUUAGUUGACACAUUAAUUAGAAAAGUCCAAUAUAUUUCUUGUCUGGAUUAACACAAAAUAAGAGGUUGUGUGAUAUGGGCAUAAAUAUGGUAUGCAAGAUACUGAUAGAAACUGUAUAACACUUACAGGAGUCGGUAUUUUAUUGCAAGAACUUCUUAGAAGAUGAAGUUAUACGAUAGUAUAAUUAAACACUAUAAAGCGAUAGUGUAAAUGAUUAAAGUAAUUCACAUCGGUUAACUGCUGAGGUGAACCCAAAGCUUGAGCUCAACACCUGCUACUUCAAAUAGGUAAUACAUAACCAAUAGCUGAGUGAGGUCAGAAUGGUUUGCUUUGAAGCUGUGGCAGGUUGUGAUGCGUGAUCUUGGCUAUAUACCGCUAAAGUUUUCUUGUAGUUAUAUUUCAGAAGUAAAUGUUUGUAUUGAUUUUUUAUAUAUAAAAUUUUAGUCAUCUGUACUCAAAAUGCAACAUUUUAUCAACCUUGUUUUAAUUUUUUUUUUUAAGCUUAAUCAUAUUGUAAAGAAAUGUCUAAUGUAGAAGACACAGCCGAGUAACGAAUUUAUGAAUGUUAAUGUUGCCGUUUAUGAAGUUCUUUUUAACACAUCAAUAAAAGCACAAAUUAAUGAAA